AAGGCGGUUUCUCUGCCCCCCCCCCCCCUCUCUCUCUCUCUCUCUCUCUCUCGUCUCUGCUCGUCCCUCUUCCAAAUCUGUCUUUCCUUUUGGGAAAGCGCAGGAAAAGGGUGCCCUCCGGCACUCCAUCUUUUUUAAGUGUCGCUCUGUCCCUUUGGUUUCCUCAACCCACCCACCAAAGGACACAUAAGUCACAGAGUUAGAGAGAGAGAGAGAGAGCAAUAGAGAGAGAAGCAUGAAAGGAGUGUUCUCAGAAGAAGAAGAAGAAGAAGGCAUGGAGGAAGGAGGGAGCGUCACCCUGGACGAUCUUAAGAAGAAGAUGGCCGAGUUUGCAAGAGAAAGAGACUGGGACCAGUUCCACAGUCCUAGAAACCUCCUCCUAGCCUUGGUGGGAGAGGUCGGGGAGCUGUCGGAGAUCUUUCAGUGGAGAGGGGAGGUCCCCAAGGGCCUCCCAGACUGGAAGGAGGAGGAGAAGGAGCACCUGGGGGAGGAACUCUCUGAUGUGCUGCUCUACCUUGUGAGGCUCGCAGACAUCUGUGGGGUGGACCUGGGAAAGGCUGCCCUCAGGAAGGUGGAGCUCAAUGCCCUCAAGUACCCUGUUCACCAGUGCAAGGGCUCUUCAAAGAAGCACACCCACUACUCCAACUCCAAUUCCAACACCAGUAGCAACAACAAGACCUCCUCCCUCACCGAGCACUCCAAAAAUGGCUCUUCUGAGGGGCUCUGAUGUACAAGUCUUUUUGGAUUUGGUGUCUUUUGUGCUUCAGCGGUGGUUUUGUACAGACUGUUUUCUUGUGGGCUUUAGAGGGAUAGAUGGACAGAUAGAGAAGAAGACAAGUUUAUUUUGCUUUUUAGCUUUUCUCUUUUGGCUGCAUGGAAACCAUCUUGGGUGGUAAAUGGAGGCUAGAAGACAGUGUGGGCAAAACACUUUCAAAUGCAGUGCUUAUUGAUCUAUUUUGUGUUUCAACUUGCAAGGACUUAAUUAAUUUGUAUGCUGGCUUUUUUUUCUCCA